CAACCCAGUCGAUUCUAUUCUAUGAUUCUAUUCUAUGAUUCUGAUUCUAUGAAAACCACCUCAACAUUUCCUCACUUUUCUGGUCACCAUACCAGAUGACAUGAAAUGUCUGGUAUGCUCUGUCGGGUGCAUUAUUUUCCAUGGCAGAUUCUCUCCCCUUCCAAGAGAAACACAAACUCUUGCUACAGUCCUCUGGCAACAGAUUUGACUUUCUUACUAUUUCUUACCAUUAAACCACUGGAUUAAGAAUGAGAAGAGCAAACCAGAGCGUGGUGACAGAAUUCAUCUUUCAAGGCCUUUCCUCCCAGCCAAGAACACAGACUGUUCUUUUUGUUGUGUUCCUGGCUUUUUAUCUGUUGACACUUGUUGGGAACACCGUGGUCAUUCUGGUGAUCAGAGCUGACAGGCAGCUCAAGUCCCCCAUGUACUUCUUCCUUGCCAACCUCUCCUUCUUAGAUAUCUGCUACAUCUCCUGCAACGUCCCCCAGAUGCUGGUGAACCUCUUGAGCGAGAAGAAGACCAUCUCCUUCUCUGGGUGUGCUGUUCAGAUGUAUUUCUCUCUGGCUUUUGGCAUGACAGAGUGUUUUCUGCUCGGGGUCAUGGCCUAUGACAGGUACGUGGCAAUCUGUCACCCCUUGCACUACACCACUGUGGUGAGCAGGCAGCUUUGCAUUCACAUGGUCCUGGCUUCCUGGGCCAGCAGCCUCCUCAGCUCCAUGGUCAUCAACAGCCUCACCUUGCAGCUGCCCUUCUGUGGUCCUGCCACACUCAACCAUUAUUUCUGUGAAGUGCCAGCAGUGUUGGCCUUGGCCUGUGCUGACACAGCCGUCAUGGAGAUGGUUGUCUUCAUCUUCAGCAUCCUCAUUGUCUUCAUCCCCUUCCUCUUCAUCACCACCUCCUACGUCCGUAUCCUUUCUGCCAUCCUGAAGAUUCACUCUGCUCGUUUACAAGCCAAGACUUUCUCCACCUGUGGCUCCCACCUGAUGGUGGUGACCAUUUUCUAUGGGACAGCCAUCUGCAUGUACAUGAACCCCAGGGCAAGGGCUCCACAGGAUGGGGACAAAGUGGUUGCAGUGUUUUACACCAUCGUAGCCCCGAUGCUGAACCCCUUCAUCUACAGCCUCAGGAACAAGGACAUGGAGCACGCCCUGAGAAGGGCACUGAAGAGACCCAAAUCCCUCUUUCUUUAGAGGCUUUUCAGGGUUUGGCAGUAUUGCAUUUAGUUCUGGGAGUUGAUUGUCCUAGACUUAAUUUUGCAGAUUAUGAGAUGAAAUUGUCAAUGUGCUAAAAUUCAACAGCACCUAAACCCAAAGCCCUUGGUUAUAAAUAGCUUCCUAAAGAACAUUUAGGAUUUGGUCUAAAACCCAAAGGCUAAAUAAAGGCCUUGUGACCUCAGCCUGCCUCACUCUGGCAAUUCAUUUGAAAUACAAGUGGAAAAUCAUAGAAUUGUUUUGAUUGGAAAAAAACCUCAAAGAUCAUCAAAUCCAACAGUUAACUCAGUGCUGCCAAGUCCACGAAAAUGCCAAGAGCAUCACGACUAGAAAUAAAAAAGAGGAUAAAAGUUGAAGA